CCCAGGCAAUCCACCUCCUCAAGCUUAAUCUCCCCCGAAAGCCCCUCAAAAUGGCCAAGAAAGUCAAGUCGCGCACUAUCACCGUGCGUCUCAUCUCCAUGGCCAUGACCGGUUUCUAUCGCACGAUGAUCCGUCCCCGUACGCACCGUCCGCUCAGUAUGCUCAAGUACGAUCCCGUCGUGAAGAAGAAGGUCCUGUUUUUGGAGGCUACGAAGGGUGGAAGGAAUAAAUAAGCCACCUUACGGUCCGGAUAUAUUUUCUUUGUGUUUCGUUUACUCGGUGGUUCGUUUCGAUAAUCACGCUCGGCUGGACGGCGUCCAUAUAUCUCGAUCGCUGGGAGAGUGUGUGGUUAGAGGCAACUUCUGACGAUAGUUGCGCUUCGCUUCACUUCGGUUCGGCUUCUUUUCUACGGUUAACCGCUACGAGACGACUUGCGAGAUACCGAUACCGAUACCGAUACCGUAUCCUCCGGCUGGAUUUGGGAUGAGCCAUCACAGGAUCUUUUUUUCGAUAUGAGACGAUCAUGUAUAUUAGACGGUGCAGUGGCGAGGAUGGUCGUGGAGGCUGGAUCAUAAAGACAGGCUUCCGUGGACGUUCGAGCUGUGCAUCUUUUUCGGUGUUAUAUUGUGGCGUUUAGAGCAAGACAUUCUGGGUUGAAUCAAUCUUCAUUUAUCAAUUUAUUUGCGUUGCUGC